AUGGCCGGAGACUCGACACCAAGGGAAGCAACCCGCGAGGAGAUGCGGGAUGCGAAGCUCCCCCUCGCCUACCGCGACAGCUGCGCCCACCUCCUCAUCCCCCUCAACCGCUGCCGUGUCGACUCCUGGUACCUCCCGUGGAAGUGCAACGUUCGUCUUCCCUCGCCUCCAAUGCCUCACUCCGCGGCGCCCGGGGCCAGCCCGCCCCGUCCCGUUCCGACCCGGCCACCCCUGAGAGACCACGACGAGCGUCACAGCUACGAGAAGUGCCAAUACGACGAGUUCAAGAAGCGCGUCGCCAAGAUGAACGAGCUCCGUGCGGAGAAGGGUACGAGAAGCAACUAA